UUAAUAUCCCAGUCCAAAGAUGCUGCAAAAAAUUGCCAAGUUUUUAAUCAUUUUGGUCGUACUUACUGCCAGUGGAGAAGGCUCGAAAUAUCUGGCUCAGAAGCCCGAUUUCCUUACACCUUGUGUUGUGGGCGAUCCCAGUCUUAAUACUUGCCUGGCCAAGAAUCUGCAGAUUCUGUUCCAUCAGUGGAAGGAUGGCAUACCCGGCUACAAUGCAUUGGGCUCCUUGGAUCCACUGUAUAUCAAGAGAGUGAAAUUCUCGCAGGAUGCCAGCCAGGCCAUAGCCAUCAAUGCGGAUCUGCAGAAUGUUUACGUGACGGGUGGUGGUCAAGCGGUGGUCAAGGAAGCCAGCUAUGAUCCCAAACAUUAUGUGAUGAAGGCUUUGAUCUAUGUGCCGAAGCUGCGCUUCCAGUUCGACUACAAACUCAAAGGCCAUGUCGUCGCCCUCAAUCUCAAUGGCCAUGGCAGCGGCUACUUUGAGGCUGAGAAAGCUUUGCUGUACAUGGAAAUGGCGGGCAGGCCACGCGUCACACCCGAAGGUGGCUUCGCGGAGGUGGAUCGUGUGAAAAUCUCCUUCCGUGAUAUCAAGCAAUUCCACAUCCAAUUGGACAAUCUGUUUGGUGGCAACAAGCCCCUAGAGGACAGUGCCCACACACUAUUCAACGAGAACUGGCGCGAGUUCUACGAGGUGCUGCGUCCUGCUGCCGAGCAAACUGUUGAAGGAGUCCUGCUCGAUCGCAUGAAGAAGACGUUCGCCUAUGUGCCAGCCAGUUACUUCAUCAAAGACUUCCACUGAAGGGGGAAGAACUAUCUGCCCUAGAAUAAAUAUAACUUAUAAAGUGAUAACUUUUAAUAAUACUGUAAUCGCCUGGUAGGACAGGAAAUAGCUGAAAUUAAACACAAAGUAUAAGCUG